UUUAGGAGCUGUGUGAUGUGGAGGGUGAGGCGAAAGCUUGCCACUUCCUGGGCUACGCGCACUACUGCCUGGGCAAUUUUCGGGAAGCAGUCCGUUACUAUGACCAAGACCUUGCAUUAGCCAAAGAUUUACAAGAUAGAAUGAAUAUGGGACGGGCAUACUGUAAUUUAGGACUUGCGCAUCUCGCUUUGGGAAACCUGGAAACUGCUCUUGAGUGCCAAAAAUACUUCCUAGCUAUAGCUCACAUGAUGAAACACUUGCCUGGGAAAUUUCGAGCGUUGGGUAACAUUGGUGAUGUGCUGAUCAAAAUGGGAGACGUGGAAGAAGCUGUGAAAAUGUAUCAAAGGCAGUUGAGUUUUGCCAGACAGAGUCGAGACAGGGGACUGGAAGCCACUGCUUAUGGUGCUCUUGGUCUUGGCAAUAGACUAUUGAGGUGUUUCGAUAAGGCUCUCGGUUAUCACACUCAGGAAUUAACCGUGAGACAAGAAAUGGGAGACCUGAAAGGUGAAUGUAGAGCUCAUGGGCAUCUGGGAGCGGUGCACAUGUCUCUAGGCAACUACACGAAUGCAAUCAAAUGCUACCAGGAACAGCUUGAAAGAGCCAAAGAAUUGAGAGAGAGCGGUGUUGAAGCUCAGGCUUUCGGCAACUUGGGAAUUGCCAGGCUUAAUAUGGCGCAUUAUGAAGACGCUAUCGGGUAUUUUGAACAACAGUUGGCCACCCUUGAACAGUUGUCCACUCCAACUGCACUCAUGGACAAAGGCAGAGCAUUCGGGAACCUGGGCGAUUGCUACGACGCACUGGGUGACCUGGACGAAGCAGUCAAGUGCCACGAACAACACCUCGCCAUCGGACUCAAGUUGAAGAGCUCGAGAGACCUUGAGCGAGCCUACCGGGGUCUCGGGCACUCGCACAAAAGACUGGGCAAUCUGCAACAGGCCUUGGUUUGUUUCGAGAAGAGGCUGGUUGUUGCACACGAACUCAACAACAAUGAAGCGAAAGCGUCCGCUUAUGGUGAGCUUGGCCACAUUCAUACCACACUCGGAAACUUCGAGCAAGCCAUAUCGUGUUUGGAGCAUCAGUUAACAAUGGCAAGGGACCUGAAGGAUAAGCUUGGGGAAGCAGACGCGGCGUGUGGUCUGGGUCAGGUCUACCAACAGAUGGGUGAAUACGCCACUUCCUUGAGCUACCACCAGGCUGACCUAGAUAUCGCCGAAGAACUGGGUCUGGCUUCGUUGCAAGGCCGGGCGUGUGGUAAUCUCGGCUCUGUUCACGAGUCUUUGGGCAACCUUGAGGAUGCUGUCAGAUACCAGGAACAGCAUCUGUCCGUUGCUGCACAAACUAACGACAAGCUUGCCAAAACCAUGGCUUACAGUAGUUUAGGUAGAAUACAUCAUGCGCUCGGGAACACAAACCAAGCUGUAGCUUAUCUACAACAGGGUCUGCAUAUUGCUCAGUCAUUGGGCAGGCGAGAGGAAGAGGCCAGAAUAAGACAUCGACUGGGAUUGGCUCUGUGGGGUAAUGGCCAAUUGGAUCCUGCUCAAUCACAGCUCGAGCAAGCGGCACAUCUGUUAGAAUCUAUUCGCCGUGAAACCAGAGGCUCCAGUGAUUACAAAUUGUCUCUCUUUGAUUUGCAGACAGCCUCUUAUCAAGCGUUGCAGCACGUUCUGGUUGGCCUUGGUAGGAGAGAUGAGGCUCUGGUUGUUGCCGAAAGAGGCAGAACUAGAGCAUUCGUUGAUUUGCUAUUGGAGCGACAAGGCUACGUCGAACAAUCGGCCCAUUGCAAUCAACUGCGGUACGAUCAGACUCCGACAUCCGUUGAUCAACUGGUUGAUAUCGUCAAUCGUCAACGAGCCUCAGUUCUCUACUACAGUCUGGCGGCUGGCUUUCUAUAUUCGUGGUUCAUUGUUCCUGGAAAAGGUAUUGUCAGAUUCCAUGAAGCAGCGGUUAGUGAGACAGAGAGAGAAGGUGGUGAAGAGAUGUUGACAACAACGGGCUCUCUUCUUGAGCAUUACGUGCAGAGUGUAAGGGACAGUUUGACCGUGCUUUCUCAAACUUCCGAAACGGCCAAUAAUCAAUCGACAGACGUCGAUAGCACUGAAGUGUGGACCCAGCACUUGGAAGAACUGGGCGAUAGACUGAACCAGGAUGGAGACCGAAGUAGCUUUCUGAGGAUGGUGAACCGCAAUCACCUGUUCAACUCGAGCAACUACAGUCUGAGCAGUUUGUUCAGUUUGGGCAGUGUGAGUGGAAGUGUCGCCAGUGGAUCUGCGAGUCGGCAUGGAAGUGUCAGAUCGCGGAAACCCAACCACCAAUCAUGGCAGGGUCCCUCGUGUCUCUCCGCACUCUACCAAUUGCUGAUAGCGCCGUUCGAAGACUGUUUACCCACCGCAUCCAGUGACGGUGAUAAACCUACCGGCAGAAGGGAACUGCUGUUAGUUUUGGAAGGGGAUUUAUACCUUGUGCCAUUCCCCGUUCUUAAGCCGAUGUCCACCAACGAUACACCAUCCGAGUACCUCAGUGAACGGUUCAGUCUGCUUGUUGUGCCAUCGUUGACUUCUCUCAAAGCUAACCACAAAUCUAGGAGCUCUGGUGGCGGAAAGGGCUCUCAAGAACAGAGCAAUAUGACUGCCCUGGUGGUGGGGAAUCCUCGACUGCCAUCCACUGUGACAGAGCAGUGGGGAUGGAGUGACAUUCCUCAUGCUGAGCAGGAAGCUGCCAUGGUUGCUGAGAUGCUGCAGGCUAAGGCUUUGACAGGUGCUCAGGCCAGUAAAGAAUGUGUACUUCGUCAAAUCGGGGAAGCCGAGUGUGUUCAUUUGGCUACUCAUGUAUCUUGGAAAUUAUCAGCGAUCGUUCUUUCCGCUGGUGAAUCAUCAGAUCAUCAACCCAAGGCCACAUCUUUCCCCUAUCCACAUCCAGAAGAAGAAGACUCAGAGGCUUCAUCCACACUGGAGCUUCCAUCUCUGUCAGAAUUCUUGCUCACAGCUUCGGAACUGCUGACUCUGCGUUUGACAGCCAGACUGGUGGUGGUGAGCUGGUCUCAUUCGUGCGAUGGUUGGGCCACGGCUGACGGAGUGGUCGGGCUAUCGAGGGCUUUGCUUGCGUCGGGCGCCCAGUGUGUUCUAGUCUCAUUAUGGCCUGUGCCUGAUACCGCUGCUAAAAUUUUGCUCAGGGCGUUCUAUUCGGCUCUUCUCCAGGGCUCAAGAGUGAGCCGAGCACUGGGCGAAGCCAUGCAGACCGUACAACACACGAAACUGUUUGCGCAUCCUGCUAACUGGGCUGGAUUCCUGCUGGUGGGAGCCAACGUCAGGCUCUCAAACAAAGUAGCCCUCAUGGGUCAAGCACUUUGCGAGCUGCUCAAAACUCCAGAGAAAUGUCGAGAUGCCUUACGAGUCACUCUUCAUCUGGUUGAAAAGUCAUUGCAGAGAAUACAUAGAGGACAGAAAAAUGCUAUGUAUACUACUCAGAAAAGUAUUGAGAACAAGGUUGGUCACGUUAACGGUUGGAAGGAACUGUUACAAUCUGUUGGUUUUCGCUUCGAGCCGGCUGCUAACGGUAUUCCAUCGUCUGUGUUCUUCCCGCAGAGUGAUCCAGAAGAAAGAUUAACGCAGUGCAGUGCUAGCCUACAAGCACUUCUUGGGCUAACCAGUAGCACUCUUGCAGCUCUUUCAAAAUUGAUGAGCAAUGUUGAUGUAGCCGAUGAUAUAAUUGCAGUUAUCAGAAUUGUGAUUGGACAAUUUUCAAUGAAAAACAUUGAAACUGAAAGCAUCGAAAUACCUAUCAGUGUUAAAUUAUGGAGAGUGCCGGGCUGCCACGAACUUUUAGCAUCUCUCGGCUUUGAUCUAAUGGAAGUAGGACAAGAUGAAGUAACUCUGAGAACUGGGAAACAAGCCAAUCGCCGAAGUAUACAGUUCGUUCUGCAAGCGCUGUUAGCAUUAUUUGAUACACAAGAAGCGCCGAAAAGCCUGAGUAUCGCCUCGUCAAGCUCACUGGAAAGUCUGACAUCCCUGGAUGAGGAUGACCACCAACCACCGCCACCUUUGCCGAGAACUCCCGGCGCGGGAGCGUUCACAUCGUACGUUCGCAGCAGAGGCGAACCAGACGGUCACACCGCGUCGGCUGUCGAGAGCAGAAACUACACUUCGGUCGUCAACAAGGCCUUCCAGAAGAAGAUGGCUGGAAGACCUGGUGGUGGAGGAGAGAGUGAUGCUGCAUUCACCCCGAGUCCACCUGUCGGAGGCGUUGCUUUGGCCUUGCCAGGUGCUGGAGGGGGAGAACAAAGCCUGACAUUGACGUUGGCUCACCAGACUAGGAUCAAAAGUUUGUACAGCAGCAUCCAGGACGUGUCGAGCGACAAUAAUGCGACCAAUAUGCGACGCCCCGACUCGUCAAGCUCUGCCAGUUCAGCCACUGACUGGGAGGGCAACGGUCAUGCCACCGUGCUACGUCGUGCAACCCAUUCCCUCGCUCUGCCACCGAUGGUUCGGAAGCCACCGCCGCCUCCCACGCUCUACGACGAUCCACCCUUCGAGAGUCACAGCUCCGACUCAGAUUUCGGCCACCAAGCAGCCGCUGCCAAAGUCAAUCUGGACCGCAUAACCACCCGCAAUCCACGAAAACCUCUGCUAUCAUUGACCCCCAGGGAAGAAGCCGGUCUAUUUUCGGAGGAACAAGUCACCUCUCCUCGUUUACUGUAUUUCUCGCCUGAAAACACUGUGUCCCGCGACCGUGAAGUGGCCGCUAUUGCCACGACUGGUAUACAAGACCAAAUUCUUGCUACCCAGCUGAGAAGGUUGAAUCGGGAGUCGACUCCAACCAUCUCCGAGGUCUACCAUGAACGGAACAUCGGGUUGGGACUGGCGCCACCUCUGUCCAAGCUGCUCAUCCCGGCUGAUAAUGGCAAAUCGCCCACCGCAAUUCUCAGUGAAACGCAGGCUGAAAAUGACAAGGAGAGAGACAAAAGUAAACCGUGGCUGUCGACUGCUGCUCUUCAAAGGCUGCACAGUGAAGGAGGUGACCUGGAGUCUUCGAGCGAGCUGACGAGACGAGAUGAGGGUGACGGUCGCUCCAUCGCCGACUCCCAGUGCAGCACAGGCAGCUACAAAAGGCUGCAGUCUACGACCGCACCCAAUCCUCAACCCAAUAUUGAGUAAUACAACUAUUAUUUGUAAUAUAUUAGACUAUAUUUUUGUGUAAAAACAAUUGUCAGAUAAAAGAAGUUUAUUGUACUGAA